GGUCUUCUUCCCCUCUCUUUUAUUCUUCCCGUCACUUUUUAGGGUUUUCAAUCCCCUUCACUCCUCUCUCUCACUCCAAUCGAAACGGAACUUGAACUUCAAUUUACUCUGUAAUCUCUUCAAUUUUGUAUCCGAAAGGCUCUGCAGGUCUAGGUCUGCGUUCAAUUGGGGUUUGUAGGGUUUGAAAUUGAUAAGAAUCUAGGGUUUCAGAUUGGGGGUUUUUGGUUAAUUUCAGGUGGAAUUAGGAUCUGUAUUGUGAUGGAGGAGAUAAUCGGAUCGUGAUCGCCGCUCGUGGUGGCGAGCGAGGAAUCGAAUUGAGGGGGUUGGGGUUCUUGUAUGGAAACUCGGAGCCGGAAGCGGGCGGAGGCCACCUCAUCAGCCCCUUCAUCAUCAACUUCGUCUGGUCGCACCACUCGUUCCACCAAGCGCUCUCGUCUCUCCUCCUCUUCGCUUUCUUCUUCUGUUAACCCCUCACCAAUCUCCACUCGCUCUCGGGCCUCUAGGGCCAACAAUCAAGACACCGCCGCCUUCGCCGUUGCAGCAUCGGCCACCACCGCGAUGGACUCCACCAAUGAAUCGUCCGGCUCGCGCGGCCGCCGCAGUAGGAAUUCCGAUAAGGAUGAUAAGGGGAAGGAGAAGGAGCACGAGGUUAGAGUCAGGGAUAGGGAGAGAGAGAGGGAGAGGGAGAGAGAGAGAGAGAGGGUGUUGGAUAGAGAAACGGAGAGGAACCUGGGGUUGAACAUGGACGGCGGAGGAAAUGGUGACGACGAUGAUAAUGAUAAUGAUAGCGAAGGUGGGGUUGGGAUUUUGCAUCAGAAUUUGACUUCGGCUAGUAGUGCCCUUCAGGGGCUUCUUAGGAAGAUCGGCGCCGGAUUGGAUGACCUGCUUCCAUCUUCGGCGAUGGGCUCUGCUUCGUCAUCCCACCAGAGCGGAAGGCUGAAGAAGAUUCUGUCUGGGUUGCGAGCUGAUGGAGAAGAAGGAAAGCAGGUGGAGGCUUUGACGCAGCUGUGUGAAAUGCUUUCGAUUGGUACUGAGGAAUCGCUCAGUACUUUUUCAGUGGAUUCAUUUGUGCCUGUGCUUGUGGGGUUGCUUAAUCAUGAGAGCAAUCCUGAUAUUAUGCUUCUCGCAGCCAGAGCACUUACUCAUCUUUGUGAUGUGCUUCCGUCAUCAUGCGCUGCAGUUGUGCAUUAUGGUGCCGUUUCUAUCUUCUGUGCAAGGUUGUUGACCAUAGAGUACAUGGACUUGGCUGAACAGUCACUGCAAGCUCUGAAGAAAAUAUCUCAGGAACACCCAACUGCCUGUCUACGAGCUGGUGCUCUUAUGGCAGUGCUUUCUUAUCUGGAUUUCUUUUCCACAGGAGUCCAGCGUGUGGCAUUAUCAACUGCUGCGAAUAUGUGCAAGAAACUUCCUUCAGAUGCAGCUGACUUUGUGAUGGAAGCUGUCCCAUUACUGACUAAUCUUCUGCAAUAUCAUGAUGCUAAGGUUUUGGAGCAUGCUUCUGUAUGUCUGACUCGAAUUGCUGAAUCAUUUGCAUCAUUGCCUGACAAACUUGAUGAACUAUGCAACCAUGGACUAGUUGCUCAAUCUGCAUCCCUUAUUUCUACCAGCAAUUCUGGAGGUGGUCAGUCAUCUCUCAGUACACCUACUUAUACGGGCUUAAUCCGGCUACUUUCAACCUGCGCAAGUGGUUCUCCAUUAGGAGCUAAAACUUUGCUUUCUCUAGGGAUAAGUGGCAUUCUCAAAGAUGUACUUUCGGGUUCAGGCAGUUCUUCCAACACUACAGUUUCUCCUGCUCUAAGCAGACCAGCAGAACAGAUUUUUGAGAUUGUCAAUCUUGCAAAUGAGCUGCUUCCUCCACUUCCACAAGGAACCAUCUCCAUGCCGUCCAGUUUCAAUUUGUUUAUGAAAGGACCUAUUGUGAAAAAGUCAUCUGGUAGUAGUUCUGGGAAGCCAGAAGAUACCAGUGGAAGCACUCCUGAGGUUUCAGCUCGUGAGAAAUUAUUGAACGAACAGCCUGGUCUUCUUCAGCAAUUUGGAAUGGAUCUCCUUCCUGUUUUAAUACAGAUUUAUGGCUCUAGUGUAAAUGGCCCUGUUCGCCACAAAUGUCUAUCGGUCAUCGGGAAGUUAAUGUACUUCAGCCCUGCAGAGAUGAUUGAGUCUUUGUUAAGUAUGACAAAUAUUGCAAGUUUCUUAGCCGGUGUUUUAGCAUGGAAAGAUCCGCAUGUCUUGGUUCCUGCUCUCCAAAUUGCCGAGAUACUCAUGGAGAAGCUUCCCAAGACUUUCUCCAAGGUGUUUGUCAGAGAAGGUGUGGUUCAUGCUGUUGACCAACUUAUUUUAGCUGGUACUCCGAAUUCAGUUACUUCACAAGUCUCUUCUGCUGAAAAGGACAAUGAUUGUGUGCCGGGAUCAUCACGUUCUAGGCGUUAUAGACGUCGCAACAGUAACUCAAAUCCAGAUGGAAAUUCAUUGGAAGAAUCGAAGAUUCCUGCUUCGGUAACCGUUGGUUCGCCUCCAAGUUCAGUGGAGAUUCCAACUGUCAACUCCAGCCUUCGUGUAGCUGUGAGUACAUGUGCAAAAGCGUUUAAGGACAAGUACUUCCCUUCAGACCCUGGGGCGGGUGAAGUUGGUGUCACUGAUGAUCUAUUACAUUUAAAAAAUCUGUGUGUGAGGUUGAAUGCUGGUGUGGAUGACCCAAAAACAAAAGCAAAGGGAAAAUCAAAAGCUUCUGGGUCUCGCUUAGUUGAUAGUUCUGCAAAUAAGGAAGAGUAUUUGAUUGGUGUCGUAGCCGAGAUGGUAGCCGAACUAAGCAAAGGGGAUGGUGUGUCUACCUUUGAGUUCAUAGGUAGUGGUGUUGUCGCAGCUUUGCUGAACUAUUUUUCUUGUGGUCACUUCUCAAAGGAGAGAAUUUCAGAAGCUAAUUUGCCCAAGCUUCGUCAACAAGCCCUCAAGAGGUUUAAGUCGUUUGUUGCUGUUGCUCUUCCUUUCAGUAUUGAUGAAGGAAGAGUAGCCCCAAUGACUAUCAUAGUUCAGAAACUACAAGGUGCUUUGUCCUCUUUAGAGCGGUUCCCUGUUGUGCUGAGUCAUUCAUCUAGGUCAUCUACUGGAAGUGCACGCCUCUCCUCUGGACUUAGUGCAUUAUCCCAGCCCUUUAAGUUGCGUCUAUGUCGAGCACAAGGAGAAAAGGCUCUCCGAGAUUAUUCAUCGAAUGUUGUACUGAUUGACCCAUUAGCAAGCUUAGCUGCUGUUGAAGAGUUUCUUUGGCCUCGAAUUCAGCGAAGUGAUUCUGGUCAGAAGGCUGCUGCAUCUGCUGGAAAUUCUGAAUCUGGAAAUACUCCUACAGGAGCUGGUGCUUCAUCUCUGUCUACUUCAAAUCCUGCUUCUACCAAUCGUCGCCAUUCAACUCGUUCCAGAACAUCUGUAAAUAUAGGCGAUGCUGCUAAGAGGGAACCUUCACAAGAGAAGAGCACGAGCUCAUCUAAAGGAAAGGGUAAAGCGGUUUUGAAACCUUCUCAGGAGGAAGCAAGAGGCCCUCAAACAAGGAACGCAGCUCGCAGAAGAGCAGCUCUUGAUAAAGAUGUUCAAAUGAAACCUGUGAAUGGGGACACAACUUCUGAGGAAGAGGAAUUGGAUGUAUCUCCUGCUGAGAUCGAUGAUGCAUUGGUUAUUGAAGAUGAUGAUAUCUCAGAUGAAGAAGAUGAUGACCAGGAUGAUGUUCUCAGAGAUGACUCUCUUCCUGUUUGCACGCCAGACAAAGUACAUGAUGUGAAAUUGGGAGACUCUGCUGAGGAUACUACUGUAGCUUCUGCAACAAGUGACAGCCAGACUAACCCUGCUUCUGGAUCUAGUAGCAGAGCUGCUGCAGUUAGAGGAUCAGAUUCUGUUGAACACAGGAGUAGUAAUUCUUAUGGUUCUAAAGGUGCAAUGUCGUUUGCUGCUGCAGCAAUGGCUGGGCUUGGGUCGGGUAGCCGCGGUAUCAGGGGAGGUAGAGACCGACAAGGACGCCCUCUUUUUGGUGGUUCGAGUGAUCCUCCCAAGUUGACCUUUACAUCUGGGGGAAAGCAGCUGAAUCGGCAUUUGACUAUCUAUCAGGCCAUUCAGAGACAGCUAGUGUUGGAUGAGGAUGAUGAUGAGAGAUAUGCUGGCAGUGAUCUAAUGUCAAGUGAUGGUAGCAGGCUGUGGAGUGAUAUUUACACUAUCACCUACCAGAGGGCAGACAGUCAAGCUGAGAGGGCAUCUGUUGGAGGGGCAAGUUCAACGCCUCCGUCGAAAUCUAGCAAAUCAGGUUCUUCCAAUUCUAAUUCCGAUUCCCAACUGCAUCGGAUGUCACUUCUUGAUAGCAUUUUGCAGGGAGAACUUCCUUGUGAUUUGGAAAAAUCUAAUCCUACAUAUAAUAUACUGGCACUACUGCGAGUACUGGAGGGCUUGAAUCAGCUCGCACCCCGUUUGAGAACUCAGAUAGUUUCUGACAGUUUUGCUGAGGGGAAAAUCUCAAAUUUGGAUGACUUGAGUACAACUGGUGCUAGGGUUGUUUCUGAGGAAUUUAUUAACAGCAAACUCACUCCCAAAUUAGCCCGACAAAUACAAGAUGCUCUUGCAUUGUGCAGUGGCAGUCUUCCUUCGUGGUGCUAUCAGUUGACGAAAGCAUGCCCCUUUUUGUUUCCUUUUGAGACUCGAAGACAGUAUUUCUACUCGACCGCUUUUGGAUUAUCUCGUGCACUGUAUCGUCUUCAGCAGCAGCAGGGUGCUGAUGGUCAUGGAUCAAACGAACGAGAGGUGAGAGUUGGAAGAUUGCAACGUCAAAAAGUCCGUGUCUCUCGUAACCGGAUUUUGGACUCCGCUGCAAAAGUAAUGGAGAUGUAUUCGAGCCAGAAGUCUGUACUUGAAGUAGAAUAUUUUGGUGAGGUGGGCACUGGGUUGGGUCCUACACUUGAGUUCUAUACACUUCUAAGUCAUGACUUACAGAAAGUUAGACUUGGUAUGUGGAGGUCAAAUUCUUCAUUGGAGAAAGCACCAAUGGAUAUUGAUGGAGAUGAUCAGAAAGAUGAGAAAAGCAAUGUUGACAUUGUCCAAGCUCCUCUUGGGUUGUUUCCUCGUCCCUGGCCUCCGAAUGCUGCUUCUUCUGAUGGUAACCAAUUUUCUAAAGUUAUUGAGUAUUUCCGGUUGGUCGGGCGUGUAAUGGCGAAGGCUCUUCAAGAUGGGAGGCUAUUAGACUUACCACUAUCAACAGCAUUUUAUAAACUAUUGCUUGGCCAAGAGCUUGAUUUACAUGAUGUUCUUUCCUUUGAUGCCGAGCUUGGGAAGACUUUGCAAGAAUUACAUAACCUUGUUAGCCGGAAACUAUAUCUAGAAUCAAAUGGUGACAAUCGCGAUGCAAUUGCUGAAUUGCGUUUUCGUGGGGCUUCAAUUGAUGAUCUCUGCUUAGAUUUUACGCUUCCUGGUUAUCCGGAGUACGUGUUGAAACCCGGAGAUGAAAAUGUUGAUAUCAAUAACUUGGAAGAAUAUAUAUCUUUAGUCGUUGAUGCAACAGUUAAGACUGGAAUAAUGCGGCAGACAGAAGCAUUUAGAGCGGGGUUCAAUCAGGUGUUUGAUAUAUCAUCUUUACAAAUAUUCACCCCACAUGAAUUGGACUAUCUGCUUUGUGGCCGUAGAGAGCUGUGGGAGACCGAGACUCUUGCUGAUCACAUAAAGUUUGAUCAUGGAUACACUGCGAAGAGCCCUGCAAUACUCAAUUUGCUUGAGAUCAUGGGUGAGUUCACGCCUGAGCAGCAGCGUGCCUUUUGCCAGUUUGUUACUGGUGCACCUAGGCUUCCCCCUGGUGGUUUGGCAGUGCUGAAUCCAAAGCUGACUAUUGUGAGAAAGCAUUCUUCAACUGCAAAUAAUGCAGCAGCCAAUGGGACUGGGGCUUCAGAAUUGGCAGAUGAUGAUCUGCCAAGUGUUAUGACAUGCGCUAAUUACCUAAAGCUUCCUCCUUACUCUACCAAGGAUAUUAUGUACAAGAAACUACUCUAUGCAAUCAAUGAAGGGCAGGGAUCCUUUGAUUUGUCAUGAGAUUUUGGGACUAGCCAUUGAUCCGUGUAUAUUACAUCAAACAACUAGGACUGUUUAAUUUAUCUUGCAAGUAGGAUGGUGAUUUUGAUGUGGGAAGUGGCAUUUGUUCUCUUACUCAAAUAAUGGAUUCUCAUUGGUGCGGUUCUAAAAAUGUCGAGAUUGGGGAAAAGGUUGCCUCGACGCAAUUUUAAGCUGUAAAGAGUGUUCCCAGAGGGUCAGCCGCCAGGGGACUGUAAAUAAAUAGAAAUUGUUGAUUUUGUUUUUUGUUCUUCUUUCUUUUUGGUCUUAUAGGGUAUAUUGUAGAAUACACGUCUGGCAAAUAUUUGGUAUACUUUCAUGCCUUUGAUUUUAUUUCUAAUUCUGAUAUAGCUUCAAUUGUGAUUUUA